AUUUUCUGAUAUGCACAGCCAAGCAACAGCUUAUGCGAAAUUGGCUGAAUCAAUAGCUAUAAACUCUGGGUCAGUGGAAAGUAAUGAAGUUAUUAAUGAGCUAACUGAUGAAUCUGGUAUUAUGGUUCUUCCUGUAUCUGCCGAAAGCACCGGAUUACUGCCAGAUCGCAAGGGUUCCAAAUGCAUAAGAACCACACACUGCAAAGGUACUAAGGUAAACCAUCCAUUCAUGCUCCGUAGAACUGCUUUUGUGGCUCAAAUCUUUGGGACCAUAGCCAUCUUCUUCAUCAGCUCGAGUCUUGUCUUCUGGUUACAUAUCCGACAUCUCAUCAACAUGCCACUUGGUCCUUGGAUGACUUGCCAAGAAUAGUAGCUUGUACCAUGCAUCAAGGAUCUGCUGUCACCAGCAUGGAUUUUCAUCAUUCUCAUCACACAUUGCUUCUUGCUAUGAUGGUCUUUGAUCAAUGAUUUGAACAUACCACCUAUGAUUUCAAUGGUUGAGCGCCUGCUAAAUAAAUAUACGAAUUCUUCCUUUUCUUUCCUUUAUUUGACGUAGAUUCUCUUUUAUACAGUUGGUUCUGCUACUGGUGAAAUAAUGCUUUGGGAAGUGGGGAUGCGAUAUAAAUUGGUUUCAAAGCCAUUCAAGAUAUGGGACAUGGCAAAUUGUUAUAUGCUGCUUCAAGUUCCUUUUCUUCCUUUUCUUUCCUUGUUGCUUGUUAUCUUAGCAUUCUAUGAUGUCAUAUAUAUACCUAUGAUAUGAGAUAUCUAUGUAGGUUGUAAGCAGCAUGUAUAAAUUAAUUGUGACCAGAUUAUUUCUUGCUUGAUUUGGGGACAUUUAUAAUACUAAUCUUUAACUA